GGACUCUUCUUUUGUCCUGCAUGAAUGUGUUUGGGGCCCCGACAUGGAUGCAGGGGUCACAUGGUACCACAAAACGCCGAAUGGGUUAAAAAAGAGGGGGUUGUAGUUUAUGAAAGAGCGGCGGAGGAGAAAGAACAGUUGUUGAUAGUUUGGAGAGGCUACGAGGGGAAUUAAGACUGAAAACAAGAAGGACAGUUUUGAGCCUUAAAGAGCUGAGAAGGCUCCUGGCCAGGUGUCUGCUGAGGCCUCAUCAUGAGCUGGAGCUUCCUGACGCGUCUCCUGGAUGAGAUCUCCAACCACAGCACGUUCGUGGGGAAGAUCUGGCUGACUGUGCUCAUCAUCUUCCGCAUCGUGCUGACGGCCGUGGGGGGCGAGACCAUCUACUACGAUGAACAGGCUAAGUUCGUCUGCAACACGCAGCAGCCCGGGUGUGAGAACGUCUGCUACGACGCGUUCGCUCCUCUCUCACACGUCCGCUUCUGGAUCUUCCAGGUGAUCCUGAUCACCACCCCUACCAUCAUGUACUUGGGCUUUGCCAUGCACAAGAUCGCCCGCAUGGACGAUGUUGAGUACCGGCCUCUUCAUCGUGCCGGGAAGAAGAGAAUGCCCAUCGUGACCCGGGGGGCACAGCGGGACUACGAGGAGGCCGAGGACAACGGAGAGGAGGACCCCAUGAUCACUGAGGAGAUCGAGGUGGAGAAGGACAAAGAGAAGGUGACAGAAGGCUCUGUGAAGAAGCACGACGGUCGGCGGCGCAUCGCGCGUGACGGCCUGAUGAAGGUGUACGUGUGUUCGCUGAUCUCACGCAUCGCCUUCGAGGUGGCCUUCCUGUUAGGCCAGUAUGUUCUCUAUGGCUUCGAGGUGGCGCCCUCCUACGUGUGCACGCGCUCUCCCUGUCCGCAUACGGUGGACUGCUUCGUCUCGCGGCCCACCGAGAAGACCAUCUUCCUCCUGGUCAUGUACGUGGUGUCUCUCCUCUGCACCACACUCACCCUCCUGGAGAUUCUCCAUCUCGGUGUCGGCGGAGUCCGCGACACCCUCCGCGGGCGCACCAGACGUCACCCCACCCCAGCUCUUCCCCCCGUGGCCCGGGGGUCCCUCUGCAGUUCCCGCCAUGGACCCACGGCCCCGCCAGGGUACCACACGGUCCUGGGGAAGAAGGAUCCGGCUGGCAAGCUGAAGGCAGAGUUCAGAGAUCCGUUGGCGGGGGACUAUGGGAGGGAGAGCCUGGGGGACGAGGCGUCCAGCAGAGACCUGGAGAGGCUGAGGAAGCACCUGAAGAUGGCCCAGCAGCACCUGGACUUGGCCUACCAGAACGAGGAGGGCCAGGGGUCCCCGUCACGGAGCAGCAGUCCUGAGAACAACACCACGGCUGCAGAGCAGAACAAACUCAACUUGGCUCAGGAGAAACAGGCGGCGGCCAGAGAGAAAGGAGCACAUGCCUGAAUCCUGCUUAAUGCUCGACUGCCUGCCUGCUUUCUCUUCCCAACUGGUCCUCCACGGAUGGGGAAGCACAUGGGAACACAGCCAGACAGCGGAGAGACUGAAGAGUGUGGAUGUGUGAGGGAUGGAGGGCCUUGCAGUAUUAAGGGCCAGGGACAACUUAAAUGUAAAGCUGCCCAAGCUUCCGUAAAGCUACAGUACAAAUCUCCUUAGCGUCUGACUCGUUCAACUUGAGUGCCUCCAAAUACUUUGGUCUCAAGUUUCAGCUUGCCCAAACCCCACACCCUACUUUGGCAGUGCCUGUCGCUGAAGCACAGCCUUCUAGAUGUAGUCGACACCCCGUUUUGGUUUGUCCAUUUUUGUUUCAAUUCUUUUCCGCAGUCAUUCUUUUCCAAAGUGGGUCUCAUUCUGUUCUCCGGUCAGUUUCUGUAGUCUGUCAGGUGACUGGGUCUCAUUCUGUUCUCCGGUCAGUUUCUGUAGUCUGUCAGGUGACUGGGUCUCAUUCUGUUCUCCGGUCAGUUUCUGUAGUCUGUCAGGUGACUGGGUCUCAUUCUGUUCUCCGGUCAGUUUCUGUAGUCUGUCAGGUGACUGGGUCUCAUUCUGUUCUCCGGUCAGUUUCUGUAGUCUGUCAGGUGACUGGGUCUCAUUCUGUUCUCCGGUCAGUUUCUGUAGUCUGUCAGGUGACUGGGUCUCAUUCUGUUCUCCGGUCAGUUUCUGUAGUCUGUCAGGUGACUGGGUCUCAUUCUGUUCUCCGGUCAGUUUCUGUAGUCUGUCAGGUGACUGGGUCUCAUUCUGUUCUCCGGUCAGUUUCUGUAGUCUGUCAGGUGACUGGGUCUCAUUCUGUUCUCCGGUCAGUUUCUGUAGUCUGUCAGGUGACUGGGUCUCAUUCUGUUCUCCGGUCAGUUUCUGUAGUCUGUCAGGUGACUGGGUCUCAUCCAGUUUAAGCUUUAAUUUACCCCCCUCCUCUCUAUUGACAAAGUUUACUAGUCGGUCCAAUUUUAAGAGUGAGGCUCAACAAAGUCUUAAAAGCAUUUACUGCACAUGUUGUUAUGCCAGGGCUUGUUGUUGCUGGAUACAGAGUGAACCGCAGUGAACACUUGCCUGCAGGGGAUGUCCUUUUGCACAGACAUUAAAAGGAUGUUCGUGUGUCCAUGUAUGUGUGUUGUGUACAAGGUGGUGGGAGGUUUUCUGAAAGUGCAGUUCUUUAGCGAACACUUAACUUAAUCUUGGACGUUAACUGCACUGCUUUUUUCAGAGGAUUAGUAAUUAAAAAUGAAUUGUUUUGACAUUCCAUGAGACUCCUCAUUGUUAAAGCCUUGUAUAUUAGUCAUUCCAACAAAUUGGCCAAAUGUGAUAAAUACCUGGGAAAUGCUUGAAUCCUGUGACUAUAAAUGUUCUUCCAUGCUGUUGAAACACUCCUGUAGUCCACCUGUACCUGUCAUUUUGCUCCUGUCCUGGUUCCUUUUGUUCAUGCUAGUCGGUGAGUUGUUUUGUUUAAACUUUUUUAUGUUUGUACUGGAAUUCCAAGGAGGAAAGCAAAUGUUGGUGCAUUUAUCUGCCAUAAUGUGAUGGUUCUUUGAAAUGGUUGAGUUGGAAACGAUCGUGUCGUGCGCUGUGUUUAUUUCAUUUUUCCUUUCGUUUUUUAAAUUCGGUACAAAAAUAACGUUCUAUUUUUUUCAAUAUUUGUAGUAUUUUUGUUACACUGUUUUGUAGUUUUUGUAACUGUAGAGUUUUAGUUUCAUAGAAAAACAUGAAUAAAUAUAUUUGAACAGA